CUGAGCAGAAAGCAGCCACAUUCGGGGGUUUCCUUCCUUCCUCCCUUGUUGCCUCGAAAGAGCGGCCUUGUUGCCCUUCCUCUGGUCCAAAAGGGCCUCCCUCCCUGAGGCGCCUGUUGGCUUUGGCGGUUGCCGGAAAGGGGCUCCUCCAUGGCCCGAGCCUUCCGGCGCCGUCGGAGGGGAAAGAGGCGGAAGAAGAGAGUGCUCUUCCCCGGAGGCUUAAAAGCGGCUUCCUCUGCGUCGCCUCCCGGGGAGCAGCAGCAAUAGCAAUAGCAGCCCUAAUGGCAGGCUUGGUCUCGGAGCUGAAGUUCCUGGUCCCCUGGGGCCACAUUGCAGCUAAGGCAUGGGGUUCUCCCCAAGGCCGACCUGUACUCUGUUUGCAUGGUUGGCUGGACAACGCCAACACUUUCAGCAAACUAAUCCCCUUACUCCCUAAAGACUGCUAUUACAUGGCACUAGAUUUUGCAGGUCAUGGCCUGUCAUCCCACCGGCCAGCUGGGUGUCCAUACUACUUAAUAGACCACGUGAGCGAUGUGCGCAGAGUAGCAGCAUCACUGAAAUGGAAUCGGUUUAGCCUCAUGGGUCACAGUAUGGGUGGAACUGUUGCAGGCAUGUUUGCAUGCAUUUUCCCUGAACUGGUGGACAAGCUGAUCCUGGUGGAGUCAUGUGGCUUUUACCCAUCACCUCAGGAGUGGGAGAAAAUACUAUAUGGUCACCGGAUAGUAAUUGAUAAUCUGCUGAAUGUUGAUGGCAAACAACACCAGGCCCUUAGAGUGCGCAGCUCUGAAAAGGCACUUCAGAGGUUACUGGAGGCAAAUAAUGACUUAACAGAAGAAAGUGGAAAGAUACUGCUGGAGCGAGGGGCUACUAAAGUGCCAGGAGGUUUGGUUUACAACAGAGACAUUCGACUCCUCUCGCACACUUCCCAUCCUACUCAUAUAGAAUAUCAGGUGAACUAUGUGAAAAAAAUCCAGGCCGAUGUAUUGAUGAUCAUAGCACAAGAUGGGAUCUUUACAAAACAAUCCCCAGAGCACCUUUCUGAGUACAGUGUGAUUAUCCAGGAAGCAUUCAGGGCCUCAAGAAAAGAGCAUUUUCAGUAUGCUGAAGUUUCUGGUAAUCACUUUGUCCACCUCAAUGAGCCGGAAGUUGUGGCUGGGAUAGUCAGCACCUUUUUAAAUAACAAUCAAAACCUCAAAGCAAAGCUGUAACAAACAUCAUCUUAAGAGCAGUGAGAAGUCAUGUGAAGAACCAGACCUGACUGAGAGAGGCUAUUGCUGCUCAUUUGUCUGCAGGAAUAAAAACUGUCCUAGUUUGCACAGAAUAACUUAUAGGUAGGCAAGAGUCUUGUGAGAUAAAAGAAAUAAUGGUGUUGUAGUUACUAUUGCCAAGAAUGUGCCUUCUGGUAGAAGCAGCUCUACUGGUGUUUUUAUCCAACAACAAUAUGCCCAUGCAAACAGCUUUUUAAAAAAUCCUUACUAAAUGGUUAAGUGAGAUGCAGUUCUUUCUUGGUGCCUAUAUUUGAUUUAAGAAGGAUUAUGGUGAGCUGGGUACUAAAUGAUUCAUAUAUAUAAACUUCUAGUAUAGUUCCUACAAACAAGCAAAUUGGGUCUACACAGACUACAGUUAUUAACCAAAUAAUUUUUUUUAGUUAUUCAUGCUGGUUUAAGUUAAAUCCCACUUAGCAAUGAGAUGGGUGAAGAGGAAAGAUGGGCCAUGCUAAACCCAGUGUGAUGGCGGGGAAAAACAAGGUUACUGGAAGGAGUUGAUACUGGCUGAUAGAGGCUGUCUGUAUAUAUUUCAUUCUGUGCUAUUUAGGAUUAAAUAAGUGGUUUGGUAUGUGGGAUUCAGAUUCAAUUUCUUAUGCGUAUUUCUUGAUCUUUAUGCCAAAAGACAUUUUGAUGCCAGAUAUUUUGUGAUGAUGGUCUAUCAGGAUCUCCGAUUUCCAAAUGUGCUUACAAGUGUAAUAAAGUUGAUGGCCCUUGAGCUAAUGUAGCAAAUAAAAGCAGGUGUUGUCAUAGCCUGCAACUCUUCAGCGUCUUUGCAGUGGGAAGUCUGUUCCUGAAAUUAUAAUAAAAUGCUUGAGAGUCAAUAUAAAGCAAGAGUGAACAACUACCAAAGUACAGGGGCCACAUUCCCCCGAUGGUGUAGGAAGCAGUAUUACUAUGAAGGCAUGUGUACAGUAAUAGCAGAAUAAUUGCUCCUGAAUAUACCAGUAAUCUACGCCGAGUACAAUCAAGCACUGGUUAUAAUGUAAUAUAGUUUGAGGGAGUAGAUAAACUUGAGAAGCAGCUGCCCCUUAGGACUAUUUAUGUGAAAGUUUGUUUUGCAAUUUCCAGCAAACCAAACAGAAAAAUAGUGAACAUACAGCAUAAUCUUAGUUUCUCCAUAACAUUAAAAAUUUAUUUACAACAGAAGGUGUCUGUCUACACCAGCUGAAAAAUUGCCUUAGAAGUUCUCAUGCUCUAUGGGCAGAGAGAAACUGGUUGAAUAAAACUGUUCUGGACCUGGUUCACUAGAAUAUCCAUUUCAGAACUACCAGCAUUACAUGCCCUUAUCAAACAAAAUGGCUGCAUUUCUUAAAGCCAUAUAUAUUUAUCUGUUUCCUCUGUGACAGUCCAAGAAAUAUUAAAAGAGGGGGAAAGAGCUUAUCAGAUUUGACCUCCCAAACCCCUUCUGUGCAGUCUUUACUGUUACUGCUAUUCUUUUAGCAACAGCCACAGACUCUGAAACUCAAUAUGGCCGAAACUUCCGCUGAGCCCGCAUUAGUGCAAUUUUCUGCUUGUCUUCUUCAAAUUUCUUCCUCAGCUGGGCUAUAUCUGAAAGACAUGAGACAUUAAAUCAGAAAGGAUUACCAAAUACAACCGUAAGAGGUCCCAUCCAACACUCCACAUUUCCACCCCACAUAAGGCUUUGACUCUGCUAUUAUUGUCUGUUUUAGGGCUCCUAGCUGAGUGCAAAUUCUUGUACCUCCGAAACCAAGAACGGGUAAUUUCAGAAAGCGAGCCUGGUAAUAAUCUAGUUUAACUUAAUCUGAAACACCAGUUCAGAGUACUUUUAAUUUUUGCACUCCCACUUUCAGUAGGUUUGGUCCAGAAGUGCCUUGCUAUAGCUGAAGCCUCUUAAUUUUCCAUCUUUCUGAAUUUACCCUAAAGCAAAAGAAUUAUUACUGUCCUUUGUAUACUUAAAUGAGUACAGAAGAAAGAUAAUAGUGUCUUCCACACCAUCUCUCUCUGUGGUCAGAUGUUUGAUUCCCACUACAACUCUGUCAUGCCUUUUUCUCUGGGAGUCAAAGCAUCUGCAAUAGCAUUACUUGUCAUUUUUCUUCCCUUCUCUGGGGCAGUCCACUCAAUCAUCUCUUAAAUGGCCAAUUUGUUAUACUUUCUCAAUAAAAUUAAAUUACUGGAAAA